AAAAGAUCAAUUGGUCACUUGUCAAGCAGAGGGCCUAGCAACAGCGAGACCAUUCUCAUACCGCUUGCGGGCGGCUCUCUCGAUCAGGUCCUUACUCUGGGUCAAGUCACGAUUGUUGCUUAGGGAGCACUGUCUCUUCCGAGAAGAUCCAUCGAGAACCCAUUGACCAAUCCACCCCGUUGCUGGCUCUCUCAUCCAGCUCAAUCACAAUGCCAACGGACCCCACGCUGUUCACGCAGACGGGACCCACAGCAACGUCCAAAGCCCCAUACAAAGGCACGAGGAUACCAAUUGAGCCCGCGCCUCCCAAUGAAACUCCGUCUCAGAAAGUAGCGCGGCUCCGCGCUGCCGCACAACGGGCAAAACUUGCGCAAGGAUCGACGUGGGACCGCGUGGUACAUCGGGGAAGGAUAUGGGCCGAUAGAGCGCAUAGAAUUACGGCGACUGGUCUGAUAGGCUUUUCAGUCCUGUUCGGCAUGUACACAGCCUUUUGCCUCGGGGAUAUGAUCAUGUACAACCGGCGGAAGCGCACGGAAUUCUAUGCCGUGAUGGAAAAGCUGCGCGCUGAUGAAUACGCAAAGGCAGUGGAAGCCCAGUCAAGGGGGCAGGCAACGGACGACCAGAUAUUGCUCAUCAACCAGGAGCAGAUGCGAUUUGAGCAGAUGCGCCUGGACCAGGAAAGGAAAGAGAAGGGCGUGUGGCGCAGGUUGAAGGAGAGCAUCGUAGGCACAGAAGCGUACGAAGAGCAGAAAGGCGGCAAGUUGGGCCUCGGCAGGAAGAAGGAGGAGACGGUCGGAGAGGCCGUGUCAGACCUUUUGGCAUCAAGAGACGAAAAGUUGCAGAUGGGCACGCAGAAGCUGGAGUCAGCGCAUCCUCCCGCCGGCGGUCCGCUGGAUCAGCUGGGCCAGCAGACAGCGGACACAGUGUCGAAGACGUCAAAGAGCUGGACGAGUUGGAUUACAGGACGGUGAUGACAGCAACUGUCCAUUGAACCCUGCCAUAUGUCCUUGUUUGUGGAUGCUGUUUGGCAUGGUGGCUCGCUUGUUCAUUAUUUCUAUGCUUGUUUUUCCGUCCUCCUCCACCUAGAAGAGCAUUCGGCGGCGUCUUUGCAUACAUCAAACCAUAUGUCUACUCCGGUUGGAAGUGGCCUUGUACCAAAAAAUUGUACAUAUAGAUGAAAACGCCCUUCAAUAAUAAACAAAAACGCCAUGUCCAGGUCCCGUUGCAUGCUCCAUUAGCCUAUCC